AUGGACCAAACUCAGCCUUCAAGCAAAGCUUCAAAACCAGAGAAGACAAGGUUCUGCGAUGGAUUCAGGAUAUUUUUGGCAGCCCUCUCACUCAGCUACAUAUGCAAGGCACUAGGUGGAGUUACUAUGAAAAGUUCCAUCACUCAGAUAGAAAGAAGAUUUGAAAUACCAUCUUCUAUUUCUGGUUUGAUUGAUGGAGGCUUUGAAAUUGGGAAUUUAUUAGUUAUUGUAUUUGUGAGUUACUUUAGAUCCAAACUACACAGACCAAAGCUGAUUGGAACUGGGUGUUUCAUCAUGGGCAUUGGGAGUACUCUGACUGCAUUGCCACAUUUCUUCAUGGGAUAUUACAGGUAUGCAACAGAAAAUGACAUUGGCUCUCUAGGCAACUCUACAUUAACCUGUUUAAUCAAUCAAAUGCCAUCCCUCAAUGAAACCUCAAGUGAGAUAGUGGAGAAAGGUUGUGUAAAUGGGUCUAGGUCAUACAUGUGGAUUUAUGUUUUGAUGGAGAACAUGCUUCGUGGGAUAGGGGAAACACCAGUAGUCCCCCUGGGAGUUUCCUACAUUGAUGACUUUGCAAAAGAAGGACAUUCUCCUAUGUACUUAGGUACUCUGCAUAGUAUAGCAACGAUCGGACCAAUCCUUGGCUUUAUCAUGUCAUCUGUGUUUGCUAAACUAUAUGUAGACAUUGGAUAUGUAGACCUGAGUAGUAUCCGAAUAACUCCUCAAGAUGCUCGUUGGGUUGGUGCCUGGUGGGUCAGCUUCAUUGUGAAUGGACUAUUAUGCAUUAUUUCCUCCCUACCUUUCUUUUUUCUACCCAAAAUUCCAAAGAGAUCACAGAAUGAAAGGAAAUAUUCAGCAUGUCUUCAUGUACUCAAAACAGAAGAAGAAAAGAAUCACAUGACUAAUUUAACAAAGCAAGAGAAAGAAGCUCCUGCCAACAUGACUGGCUUUCUACGAUCUUUGAAAAGCAUCCUUACCAACGACCUCUAUGUUAUAUUCCUGAUACUGAUGUUGCUGCAAGCCAGCAGCAGCAUUGGUUCCUUUACUUACAUCUUCAAGUUUAUAGAGCAGCAGUACAACAAGACAGCAUCCCAGGCCAACUUUGUGUUAGGAAGUAUCAUCAUACCUACUAUGGCAAUUGGAAUGUUUUUAGGAGGAUAUAUUGUUAAAAAAUUCAAAUUGACCCUGGCUGGAAUCACCAAGUUUGCAUUUUUCACUUCCUCAAUGGCCUAUGUGUUUAAUCUGUUGUUUUUUCCUCUAAUCUGUGAAAACAAGUUAUUUGCUGGCCUAACCUUGACCUAUGAUGGGUUUGAAUUCUAUGACUGCAGUUGUAUCAGCGACUCUGGUUUCCAGAAUGGAAACCAAUCAGCACAUUUAGGUGAAUGUCCAAGAGACAAAUGCAAAACCAAAUAUUACUUUUAUAUAACUUUUCAAGCCAUUUUGUAUAUUUUCUCUGCAAUGGGAAGCACUGCUUUUAUGUUGAUUCUGAUGAAGUGUGUCCAGCCUGAAUUGAAAUCACUUGCAGUGGGUUUCCAGUUACUGGUUAUACGAACACUAGGAGGAAUUCUGGCUCCAAUCUAUUAUGGAGCAUUGAUUGACAGAACAUGUAUUAAGUGGUCUGUUACCAGGUGUGGAGCACGUGGGGCAUGUAGGCUAUAUAACACCAGACUAUUUGGAAUUAUCUACUUGGGCUUAAGCAUAUCUUUAAGAACUCCAGCACUUUUUUUAUAUGUUGUAUUAAUUUAUGUAAUGAAGAAAAAAUUUAAAAGAAAUGAUAACAAGACAUUGGAAAAUGGAAGAAAAUUCACAGAUGAAAACAACCCAGAAUCUGUAAAUAAAAAUGGUUACUAUUAUGUACCUCCUGAUGAACAAAACUGUUCCUAUUUAAGGAAAUCUCUUAAAUACCCCUGA